GAUAUACGUAACCGAGUACGAGAAUGCCAUCCUGAGCCAGGAGCAUGUCCAACCCGCCAUGAACUUAGCUCGAGACGCCACAAACCUGCUUUCUGACGCCCCGCUGUGUUAAGCGUCUAUGGCAUAUAUCACUGUCGUGGGUAGCUAUCAUUCGGGGACGGGGAGCCUGCGUCUCGGCAACGAGGCCCUGCAGGUCUGGCGAUUAGGGUUCAGGGGGAGCUCAGCUGGCAGCCGGGCGAACGGCACAUGGCGCUUGUAGCAUAUGGCGUGAGGAGGCUGGGUGGCAGCGAUGUAGUUCUGCCGAAGCGCCCACGGUAACUCUCAGCGGCCGCUGGGAGCUGCUAGCGCGCUGGCCCAAGCUGUUCUUUCCCGCCCCGCCGCCGUCCGUGGACGUGACCCAGGCCCCUGCCUCCCCGACAAUGCGGCGCAGGUCAAGCGCAAUACCUGCUGGCGUGGCAGCCGUGGGAGCGCUUCGGCGGCCCACAGGUGCGGGCGGAGCCGAUGGGCACACCCCCGGGCUCUGGAGACCUGACGGAGGCGAGGAGCAUCUGCAGGCGCUGGAGGAGGUGGGUGCGAGUGGACUCCUCAGCCACGUCUCGCAAGCAGCGCCGCCGUCACGGAGGGCCCCGGAGGAGCCGCAGGCCAUGGCUGCUGUCGUCGCCAGCGCACAAGCUGGACCCGGGCCGCCUCCCGCCGGCGGCGCCCCAGCGGCUGCACAGGCAGCCGCUCCACCGCAUCAGGUGGCUCCACAAGCACUGGCGCGGGACUGGGCGGUCAAGAUCAGGGCUGCAGGCGGCGGCGGCGCGGGCGGGCGCAGCGGUGGCGCUUCGGCGGUGGCCCCCCACAGGCCAUGGCUGCUGUCGUCGCCAGCGCACAAGCUGGACCUGGGCCGCCUCCCGCCGGCGGCGCCCCAGCGGCUGCACAGGUAGCCGCUCCACCGCAUUCAGGCGUUAUCACCAACACUCGCGGCGUGGGACUGGGUGUUCAAGAUCAGGGCUGCAGGCGGCAGCGUCGCGGGCGGGCGCGUGCGUGCGGCGCUGCUUCAGGCGAUGCGGCCUGGCACAGGUCCAGAAGGCGAAGGGGCCGCGGAGGAGUCGGAAGACCGCAUGGCCCAAGCGAACAACAGUACAGUAGUGCGGGUGGCCCGGCCUGGCUGCAUUGGCGCGGCAGGAGGCGUGAGGGCGGUACGGGCCAGGCUGACUGCCCACAGCAGCUGUGCGCGGUGGCAUGCAGCAGGGGGCAGGUAGGUGCCAGAGCGCUUGGUGUUGUGGCAAGCAGGUGAAUGCACAUUGAGCAGCGACUGGAAUGUCCGGUGCAGGCGCGGGCACGCAGAGGCUAGCAGAACAGGGAUGGCAGGCGGAGGCAUGCGCCGUGUGCGCAGCCAACCCGCAGCCGGGUACAUGGACGCACGUGUGGUAACAGCUGUGGUCGCCGUUUACACUUCUUGGUCCUACCCACAUGUGCACCGCAUUGCAGGGAACUCCUAUGCCGAGAAGCUCAGCAUCAGCUGUGCAGGAGCGGGCGUGCGGGAGAGGAACGGAGGCGCGCUGGGGGCAGAGGGCGGCACGGCGCAUGGGCUCGAGCUGGUGCAGGAGGUGGGUGCGGCGGUGGAGGGGGCGUGGUGGGGCCUGCGUGUGCGGCGGAGGCUUCGCGAUGUGGGCCAUCGGCCUGUGCGAGCUAGCGGGAUGUGGGUAAGCGCCGCGCGAUUUGGGUACAGAAUACUGAAUUACAAUUAGUUUGCGCGGCGUUGGCGUCUGGAGGUGGCCCUGUGCGUUGGUCGCGUUUUGGCACAGGUGAGCCGCGGUUGGGUCAAACAACCGCCUGCAUUGCGCUGACUUUCUCGGCUCAGCCUGGC